UUCUUGCAGGCGUCCGCCUCAGAAUGAGUUUUUAGUUUACCUGUAUCGAUACCGGAAUUGAAACUGAAGAUAUGAGAUCGAUAUCAUGCGGCCGGCAAUCUGGACCUCCGUGCGCCAGCGGACUGCGUUUUACUGGCAGUGCUCUUCUAACGGCUGCCGAGCGGGCCAACGAAAAAUAUUCAGCACAAAAUAUUUCGAUCAGCAUCCGAGCCAUUCCCCAACUGCUUCCUAUGACCUGUGCCGAAUUGUCCGCCAACAGUGCCGAUUUCUUGUCGCAGCUGUACUAUCGUGAACUUUUUCACGAGACCGGCCCAUCGGCCGCAUGCAACGCUAUUUUGUACACUUCGUGUAAUGGCAUUGGCUCGAUUGGCGGUCUCGCUCGUGAGUGGAACUGGCCGGCAUUUUAUAACGGGAUCAGUCUGGAAGAUGACGUGAACGAAUUCAGUUAUCCCUCUGCGAUGGCCUUGGCCGGAACGUACGAAGGUGUUGCAUUAGCGGUGCUGGAUAUCUUGCAGUACCACAACUGGUAUCAUGUCAGUCUCCUUAUUGACCAACAAUCCGGCAUGUUAAUCUACAAGUUCCAGACUGAUGCAAUUUUUAAAAUCCUCAAGUCCUUGGGGAAACGACGCGGUACGCUGCAGCCGUUUGAUGUUCAGAUUUUGAACUUUUCCAACGACACAGCGGAUUCUGUGGCUAUCACGUUAAACAAUGCCAAACAACGAAGUAGAGUGUUGUUACUUAUGAUGACAACCAAGAAAAUUAGAAAAGUUCUGGAAACCGCUCAGAAUUUGAGUAUGGAUAACGGAGAAUACGCAUUUGUUACCGUGCAAAUUAUUGAAACGGAUGUUUACGGUCGUCGAUCCGACUUCCGUGACCCUUCUGACAGCAUGCUAAAUAUGACCCGGUCCCUGCUCUUUAUCACUCUCCAACCGCCGAAACUAAUUACCGACCAGCUCAACGCGCAGCUGGCAUACAGAGCCAUGCGGGAUUUCAACACGACAUAUUCUGCUGAAAGCAAACCACUAGAUUCUUUUGUGGUCCAAGUUAGUUACAAUGUCGUUGAAGUGCUGAUGGCGCUAAUGACACUGUCCGAUACCGCAAACGACACUGACGAUUGCACUGGACUGCGGUUAGCCCGAACCGUUGUCAACAAAACCUUUACCACAUCUAUCGACAAUCUGUAUGUCAACGCUCAGAGAAUUCACAACCUCAAUGCCGAUAUCUAUGCGUUUUCCAUGGAUUCGAGAAAUAUGCAGCUGUAUGCAUCGUAUGAUUCGUCUCUUCAACAAAUGACACUGUCGGCAAACUUUGCAAUUUCCUGGCCUUCAGGAUCCUCACCAGCUGACAUACCCUGGUGCGGCUUUUCGGGACAUAGCAGCAGAUGCCUAUAUUCCAAUUUUGGUUCCGUCAAGUUUAUUGCCCCGAUCAUCACUUUGUCGGCCUUAAUUAUAGUUUUUGGACUAAGCCUGAGAUAUGUGAAGACCUGGCGCUUGGGAGGAGUUGAUUGGAAGAAUGGGCAUCCCUGGUGGCUGAUGGAUGAAGAAGAGCUACCGGCAUGGCAUGAGCUGAUUUCGGGCGCUGCGCGGUGGGCAUCAGCUCGAAACAGCAGCUACACCGGCCGUUUCCACACACAAAUCCAGAGCGCCAAUGGACAAGCGGUUCAGUGGCGUGACACAGUCGUCUGGAUCAGAUGGGCCCGUAUGGAUCGCGGCAUGACUGUAACACCAAAGUUCAUGAAGAGCGUUUAUCCUUUUCAGCUAUGUCAUCCAAAUAUCUGCUCCUUAAUCGGCAUAUGCUUUCAAGCUGGGAAUAUCCUUUUUGUGAGCCAGUACUGCCACCGCGGAUCUUUGCAAGAUAUAUUUGAAAUCACCAGUCUCGACGUUGCCUUCAAGCUGGCACUCAUCGACGACUUAAUCGAAGGAUUGAAUUACUUGCAUGUAUGUGUUGGAUCACAUGGACACCUGCACCCGUCCUGUUGCCUAGUGGACAGUCGACUAACGCUAAAAAUUGGCAAAUACGGUUUUGCCGAAAUUACAGAACAUCUGUGUGAAUUCCAGCCUCGAGCACUGCAUCAACGCAUCGCCACCAUCUGGGAUCCCCCGGAGUACACACAGCGACGAUACGGCCGACGUGGGACAUAUGGCAGUUUGCGUCAGGACCGCCGGUCAUGUGCCGGGGAUGUGUAUUCCUUGGCUAUGCUGAUGAGCGCGCUGCUUAGCGGUUGUAUUGGCACCAACGAUCGUACACCGGGCGCUUUCCAUAGUGAUCUCGAUUGCGGCAUGCAGGUACAGCAGCUAAUCGGCAGCUGUAGUGAAGAGUGUCCCAGUUCGCGGCCAAAAAUUAAGACUGUGAAGAAAACGUUCCGCGCUAUUCGCAAAGAAUGUGCUUGUGGUGAAGGAUCGGCUACGGAAGAAGCACUACUGAAAUUAGACAAAUAUGCACAGCUUAUGGAGGUCGCGGCCGAGGAGCGUAUGAAGGAGCUCAACUCGGAGAAGGCCCGAUGUGACGAUAUUCUUUUGCAGAUGUUACCUUCGUUCGUCGUGCCUAAAUUAAGAAACGGUGAUCUUGUGCAAGCUGAGAAAUAUGAAAGCGUCACCAUCUGCUUUAGUCAGUUGCAAGGAUUUGCCGACUGGACGGCUACUGUCUCACCGGACAUUAUCAUGGCUGGACUUCAGCUGGUUCAUGCCGUUUUCGACCAUGUUGUUGUCAGAUUUCGAGUCCAGAAAAUCGAGACUGUGAACGACUGCAACUUGGUCGUUAGUGGGAUUCCGGUGGACGAAGGUUUCGAUCAUACGGUGGAAAUGUGCAAAAUGGUGAAAGCACACCAGACGCAACUGGACGCUCAGGCAGGCAGCGAUGUGGACCUUCGCGGGAAAGAUUACCGUGGAAUGCGCCCUCGUUCAUCAUGUUUGUUGUGGGGCAUUCACUGUGGCAGCUGUGCUGCCGGGGUCAUCGGCAGCAAAGUACCACGCUACUGCUUGUUUGGAGAUACAGUCAAUGUUGCCUCUCGCAUGAUGUCGCAAGGUCAAGCGGGACGCGUGCAGGUCAGCGAGGAUGUUGCACACCGCUUGCUGCCCUUUAGUGAGAUCCUUUGUCAGGAACGCGGAGUUAUUGCCGUCAAGGGAAGGGGCCUAAUGCAAACAUUCUGGUUAGUGAUCAACAGUCAAACUGUAUUAUUUUAAUGAGUUGUAUAUAUUACUGCAUUAUUUGUUUUGUUGUACUUUGAAGUAUUGAUGAUUUUCUUGUAUUUAUGUGUCGAGUAACAAAACAAA